CUUGAAUUUAGCAUAAAUGGACUCUGAAAAAAUGCCCAAAACGCUAUCCAACCGGAUCCUUUCAAUGGAAAAGCCUUUUAAUAACAAAGCCAGAAUGACAUUCUUGAAUUCUCAAAGAAUCCAGUGUCCGAUGAUGGAUGUUAGUGAUAAAGAAAAUAACUUUUUGACCCAUAAUCAAGAAAAUUGAUGAUAUAUCACUGACUCUGAUGAGGAAGGUAGCUCUAUUAGGAAUGAUAGAUCAGGAAGGGACGAUAGUCAGGACUUAUGACAACGCAUAAAUAAUUUGAUGAAGAAAACCAGGAUGAAUUCUCUGCAGAGAAAAUAAUCAUACUGUAAAUGACAGAAAACAAAGUCUUAAUGUGAGCUAUCAUAAGCCUCUUACACCUAAAGAAAAGCCUAUAUUCCAUCAAUAUCAGGAGGAAAAAGAUAUAUUCAUAAACACUAAACAUGACUACAUCUUGCCAUUCAAAAGUCCCAAUCUUCAAUGAGAGAACACUUACCAAGCUGAACUCCCAGAUCAGAUGCAUAUUCCUUUUAAGACUAGCAGUGAUCUCUCAAAAGCAAUGAAAAAUCCGACUUGCGAUAGUAUUUAUUCACCUCAUUCGUUAUGAAACCCAAGAAUGACAGAAUCAAUGAUGUCUAAUGUUAACCCAAUGAGCAUAGGAGGUGGUAAUCAAAAUACAUUUGAAUUAGACCAAGAAAGAAUAAGCAUACCAAAGGACACAAAGAAAUACAAGCUGUAUAAAAACAAAUGAAAGGCUUAUGUUAAGAAGAUCAAUAAGCUACAGCAAAAGAAUAAAGAACUUGAGUUUAAAGUUAACUUUUACGAACAGAAGAAUAAGGAAUUAUCUGAUCUGCCCAAAGCAAUGGCAAUAGCGAUGAAGGGUAGAAAAAGUAGUGUAUCAAAAUAACUCAGACAAAUUUAAGACUGAAAAGAAGAAGCUAUUAAAAUAAAUGCAAAGACCUUGAGAAUUUAAACAAGGUAUACUCUAAAGAAAUUGAAACCUUGAAGAAGAAACUUAACUCAAAAACUCACCAGAUUAAGGUACACCAGGAAGAAUCAGAAGAGCUUAAGAUAAAAAUCAAAAAAUUUAAUUCAGAUAUUGAUGAGUAUAAGAGAACGAAUGCUGUUCUUCUCGAGGCUCAAAUGAAGGAUGUCGAUAUUAAUAACAGAUUGCAAAUAGAAAAGAUACAAAAACUUCAGAAUUACAUAAAGGAGCUUCAUAGCACAUUAGGAGAAAGGGCUCAGGCACGAUCGAAUAGAAUGCCUUUGAAAGAAAGACCUGUUAAUAGUUCAGCCAGGCAGGUUCCUCUUCUUCCAGUGAGCAUCUAUACAAAUCCUGAUGAUAGUGAUGAAAGCAAGAGUCAAAAUAGUAAAGUGGCACUAGUUCAUCAAGUCUAUGACAAAUACAAAUAA